UGCAGUCGAUACAGUUUUUCCUCAGCAUCAUUAUCUAAUUUGUCGUUUUCUGUAGUAGAUGAAGAAAAAAUAACUGCCAGUUAUUUUUUCUUCAACAUCAAUAAUUGAGGGAGUGCAGAUAUAAUUUAUCUAUUACUAAAAUCCUACAGGUAAUAUAAUAAAAUUAAAAAGGUUCAUGAAAAGUCUGUAAAAAGGGGUUUUCCCUGAGAAUUUGCAAGAGAUUUAGAUUUGAUAUUUGUAUAAUAUAUUUCUUGUUAUAAUUAUCUUUCGUUUUAUUUUAGUAACUCUAUAACCUAAAAUAGCGGUAUAUUUUAAAAGUAUUAGUUUUAAAAGAUAUUUAGUAUAGUUAUAUAUUUUAGUUUUAUUUUAACAGGAUAUUUCAUUAUAAAAUUUUAAUUUCAGCACCGGUGGGUUAUCAAUUCAUUCCUAAUCCAAAGGGACAGCCCUUGAUAAUGUUGAAUGGGUAUACCUACAGCAAACACAGCAAGAGUUUAAAUUAUUACUGCUCAAGGAAAAAUAUAGGAUGCAAAGCUCGACUCAAUCUAGCGUCAGAUGGAAGGAUAAAGAAGUGGUUCUGUUUCCACGUUCACGAUCCUCCUAAGUUUGUGCUCACGUCGUCUGGACAAUUUUUAAAAAUAUAAUUUUUAGGUUUACGUGAAAAGUACAGAUAGGGUUGCCAAAAAGUUAGAUAUUUGUUACCUCUUGCAUCGAACAAACACAUUGUCAUUCUCAUAUUGUUAUGUACCUAAAAAUCAAAUUGUUAGGAACUUAACAUUCGUGGAAUACUCUUUCUAAUUACUACUUUAUUUGUCAUAUAAGAGUAGAUUUAUUGUGUAGAGAUUAAUAAAAUGUAUGUAGACAUAAGGAUUUAUCUCUGAGAAAGCAAGUCUAAUCAACUACACGUUAAGUGCUUGGUGUAAUCUACUUAUUGGUAAUUCCCAUAUGUGUGUUACAUUGUGUGUUUGCUUUAACUAGAAGUUUUAAAAGUUAAUCUCUUGGCGAAUUGUGUGUACUCGCACUUUUAAGACAGAUUUACGCUGUAAUGCCGGUCAGUCUUCGAUCUCGAUCUAGUAAAAUCUUACAUAAGAAACUUUGUGAGCAUUCAUACUAUUAGAUAGUUCAGUUCCAUUCCAGUUCAAUUUCGAUACUUACUCGAGAUUGGACCGAGAACGAACCGUGAUCGGCAUUAUAGUGUCAUACUAGUCGUACAGUUUGGAUACGAUUGCACUUUGGGCUUAGCGGCAAGCAUCAUGAUUAUGAUAUCAAUGAGCUCUCUCAUCGGACAUUGCUAUCUCAUUUUAUCUAUGUUUAGAGAGUCUAUUUUUGAAGCGACUUCCAAAAGAGGUUCGUGUAAAUUGUAUGCGUCGCCAGUACCUUUUUUUAAUUGGCUGUAUACACUGCCGCUAGUCUAGAUUUUAUGUCUAUGUUGCGCAAGUAUGUCAUUAAUACUAAACUGAUUUUCACAAUUCUUUUUUUAAAUCAAUAAGGUUUACUCCCAUGUUAGUCCCAUGUUAAUUUUGUAACGAUUAAAGCUGUUUUUAUUUGUGGGUAAAAGGUUUGUUUGUUGCGAAGUAAAAUCUAAUUGUGGACAUGUAAUUUGUUGUUCUAAAUUCAAAUUAACGAACGUGUCUACGACGGUACAUCUCGUACUUCAUUGGUGUCUGUAUGUAUUCAGGAUUGAAGUCGCUUAUUUGCGCCCCUUUUUUUUAAUGGGCGAAUACGGAAUGGUAUACCAAAGAGUGAUGAUAGGUGAGGACGAAAUUAGCCCAGUUGGUUCAUCGUGAUGAAUUUAACAAGAAUUAAGAAAUAACAAGUGGGAACCACGUGAAGGAUGACAUGAUAUGGUAUAUUGCUAGCAAUGGCGUUUUGAGACCCCCAUCACUAACAAAUACUCUCUCCUUAACUCACGACGCCUUGGAUACAUAAAUAAACGGUAGUAGGUACAUUCCUUCCUGUAAAUAGUAUCUGGGGUUCGACUCUGAGUUAGACCAAUUUAUAUUUCGGUCUUUGAUAUGGUCAGACGAAAUGUGUAAUUAUGGGACAUUUAUCAUUUUUUUCGCGCGUCUUGCCGCCAAGCUCUUGCUUAUAGUAGCGUAGUAGUAUCCAGGCUGUUAAUUACCUGAAUUUGUUUAAGAUGUUCUUGUUCAAAUAUCAUGUAUUUACAUUAUAAUAUACAAAUCGUCUUAGGUGCAGAUGUAAUACUGUCUGCCCAUAGAGUAGAUUUCCUAUUAUGAAAAUCAUAAUGAAAUUCAUAAAUGCUUGUGAAAUAAAGUAAAUUGCAUGCUUGAUUUUACUAUGUGUUUUUUUUUUAUAUCGGUAAUUAUGGGUAAAUGUUAUAUUGUCUGAUAUAUUUCAUAUAUAUUUUACGUAACUCUAAUAUUCAAACAACCUGGUUGUAUUUUAUUUAAACAACUACCGGUUCAACUUACGUUUAGUUAGAUCGAAAAAGCUAGACUAGUUUCGGAAUCAAAUCGUGAUCCUUAUUCAUAAGUGACUGUGACGUGAUUACGAGCCUAUUUGCUUGCCUGCUCGUGCGUGCAUCAAUUUUGCGAAUUCAUUCCGAAAUUAGUUGAGCUUUGUCGAUCUAAUUACACUUAAGUUAAACCGAUAGUUAUUAAAAUUAAAAUAUAAUGUGUGCUUACUAAACUUUUAACAAUAUAACCUGGUUGUAUGUUUGUUUUAUAACAAAAAUCAUAUAAAAGUAAGUUAGGAACUUUACAUCAUCGCACCGAUAUAAAUAUAAAUUAACUAAAUUGCGUUACUGUAAUGCUGCAAACUACUAUAGCAGACAAAAACCUUCACAUGGUCUUGUUUAAUGUACAGACUCGUGUUGUGCCUGCAUUAGUUAAUACUAAAAAAAUCAUAUCAUUUAAAACGUAUCCUCAAAUGUCAAUAUGCAGCUGACACGCGAGAAUUAAAUAUUAAUGCUACAGCUCGCAUUAUCCAUGAUGACGCAUUACAUAUGAAUUUGGAAAUUAGACAAUUAGGUAAUCCAGUAUAGUCUUGUUGAAUAAUAACUGUCGUAAGUCAACUGUAUUGUAAUUAUUUAUAUCAGCUUUACUCACGUGUUAAAUUCGGGGUUGCCCGACUAGUUUCAAACUCAAUAGGAGCCCUUAUUUAUGAGUGCAGUUCAUGGAUAUGUCUCGAGCAGCAUUGCGCGACCAGCGUGCUGUUUGCUGUUGCGGGUGAUAUGGAUACCGAUCCGAUAUCCAUAUAUUGAGUUCCUCUGGAAAAAGGUUACCCAUUUCGAUAUCGUCCAUAUCGGUCGCAUAUCUAUUUUCGAAUAUGUUAAAAGUUUGGUAUCCAAUAUUAUUUUUUAGGUAACAGACUUUUAAUAUAUUCGUUAUUAUACCAGUAUAUAGAUAUUGUAACUGAAAUAUAUGGAUAUUGCUAUAUAUUAACCAUUCCUACCUGAUACUAUAUACUUGUUUGGUGAUGUAAUAUUGAUUGUUUACAGCACGAAUAGUUGUAGAUAUGAAUAAGUUUUAUUGUCUCGUUUGUAUAUAUUAAAGUAACAUCUAAGGUAGCAAAACUUAAUGUUAGUUCAGUUCAGAUGUAUAUUACGUUGAAUUAAUCCACGUUUAUUCCAUAGUGUAAAUUUGAUAUUUCUUAUGUAUAAUUUUUUUUCUCAAUCAGAAUGCCACUUCAUACCAACUCGAAAGGGCAAUCACCUAGUAAUGUUUAACAAAUUCACUUACUCCAAAGACAACAGAAGUCGCAGCAAUUACUACUGUUCGAAGAGAAGUAUUGGAUGCAAGGCGCGGAUCAAGUUGCUAGGAAAUGGGAAAGUCAUAGUUGAUUUGCCAUACGAAUUCAUACCAACUCCGAAGGGGAAUCAUCUCAUAAUGCUAAAUAGUUACACUUACUCCAAAGAUAACAAAAGUCGCAAUUACUACUGUUCGAAGAAAUCAAUUGGUUGUAAGGCGCGGAUCAAGUUGUUGGACAACGGAAAACUUAUAGUUGGAGACAGUUACCACUGUCACGAGCCACCGAAAUAUGUAGUGACCUCUUCAGGAAAAUAUGUAAAAGUGAAGAUGAAGUUUUUUUUUUCAGUAUUACCAUAUCACUUUAUACCGACACUGAAAGGAAAUAAUCUCAUAAUGCUUAACAAAUUUACUUACUCCAAAGACAGUAAGAGUCGGAACUAUUAUUGUUCGAAGAAGUUAAUGGGAUGCAGGGCACGAAUCAAAUUAUUGGAAGACGGAAAAAUCGUAGUGUAUGACGAUAAACAUUCCCAUGACCCGCCGAAUUAUGUAGUAACCUCUUCAGGAAAAUAUGUAAAAUUUAUCAGUUUCUGCCGACUCGCAAAGGUCACCUGUUAUUGUAUAUGGGUUAUACAUAUUCAAAAGACAACAAAAGCUCAAAUUAUUACUGUUCCAAACGAUGGCGUGGAUGCAAGGCCUGCGUGAAGAUCAUUGAGGGUGUGAUUGUAAAGGCAUACUGUAAUCACUGCCACGAGCCACCUCGUCGGUUUUUUAAUUAGCUAAAGAAUUUUACUGUAUAUGUCAGUGAUCUUUAAAGUGUGCUUUGCUGGGCUCUGUAAGGUUUUUGCGAAGGAUCUGCUGUAAUGAGACCCAGAGAGCAAAGCAUAUCAUAUUUUGUCUGGUGGAAAAAAAUUGUUAAUAAUGAGGUUUAAUAGCCCCAUUGCUAGUUAUGUAUUUUAUUUUAUUUUAAUGAGUAAUAAUGGAAUGGUAAACCCCACCUGCGAUAUCGGUAAACGCUGGCAGGUCACCAGUGAAAGAUUAUAAGUGACGAUGAAAGCAAGUCAGUUAGCCCAUCGUGACAAAUUCCACUAGAAUUAACUACGAUAGUUUUCAGGGAGAACCGCGUGGAGGUCGACUUAAUAGGGUAUAUUGCUAGCAAUGGGUCAGUCAUAUCCCCUUACUAACAAUCCCUUUCCUCACAAUAUUCUCUAUUACGUCAACAUCCACGCAGUUCCCUGUGAAAAUCAUCGUGGUCAUUUCUUGUUGAAUUCGUCUCGAUGGGUCAACUGACCUGCUUUCAUCCUCAAUUGUCAUCUCUCACGGGUGGGUCAGUACAAUGUUGAGAAGUGGAAGCAUAUCUCACGGAAUCGCGGAAUAUCCGCGUGAAUCAUAAUAUAAAAUAUGCUCUGUUUCAAAUUAGGAUAUAAGCUAUUCAUGUACCAAAUUUCAUUUAAAUCCGUCAAGUAGUUUUUGCGUGAAGAGUAGGAAAAAUAUCCAAUCAUUUAUCUACACUUUUUCUGUAAAAAUAGUAGUAGGUUUUUGAUAAAGCUAGAUUUUUCUUAUUUUACAUACAUUCAUACAUACAUAUCUGUCACGCCUGUUUCCCAUUAGGGUAGGCAGAAACAAUGGAACGCCAAAUGCUUCGAUUCAAACAAACCUCUUUCGCUUCUUCCACAUUCAUCAAUCUUUUCAUACACGCUCGCCGGUUACGGGUACUUUUAAUUUGGCCCUUCUUCAGUACGUCGCCUAUUUGGUCAACAUACGUCCGUCUAGGGCGGCCCCUACUGACAUCUCCAUUCAUUGUUGCUCGAUAAAUCUCUUUCGUAAUUCUUCUUUCAUCCAUCCUCUCCAAAUAACCAAACCAACGCAACAUUUCUUUUUCGAUUUUUGUCACUACAACGUCUUUCAGUCCACACUUCUCUCUAAUCACACUGUUUCUUACACUAUCUUUUAAUGUAAUACCAUACAUACUUUUCAAAGCUCUCAUCUCUAUAGCAUUUAUCUUACUUUAAUGCUUCUUCUGCCAUACUCACGAUUCGCUUCCAUACAUGAGUGUUGGUGUCAGUACUCCUUGAAUUAUGGCAUGGCGAGCUUUAUUUUAAAACUCUGUAAAAAUGUUUUAUUACAGAUAAGAAAGUUUGAGAAUCGCUGAUUUCAAUUUUAAAUUUCUUUUAUAUUAAAUGUUUUUAUGUCAAA